AUGGGUCAGACUCUGUCGGAACCCGUGGUGGAAAAGAUAUCCGACAGUGGCGCAAAUGAUGCUGUUAUUUACGGACUCUCCGCGAUGCAAGGAUGGCGUAUAAGCAUGGAAGACGCGCAUGCCGCUGUACUCGACCUGCAAGCGGAAGGAUCGGGCAAAUCACCUAAGCCUUCCGAGCCUGACAAACGUUUAGCUUAUUUCGGUGUCUAUGAUGGACACGGGGGAGAAAAAGUGGCACAGUUUGCCGGGGAGAACGUUCACAAGAUCGUCGCGAAACAAGAUGCAUUCUCCAAAGGAGAUAUGGAACAGGCGCUCAAAGACGGGUUUCUGGCCACGGAUCGUGCAAUUCUGAAUGCUCCAGAUGCGCGUUACGAGGAUGAGGUAUCCGGAUGUACCGCUUCCGUUUCGAUCAUAUCAAAAGAUAAGAUCUGGGUCGCCAAUGCCGGAGACUCUCGCACCGUGCUUGGUGUCAAGGGACGAGCAAAGCCUCUCUCGUUUGAUCACAAACCACAGAACGAAGGCGAAAAGGCUCGAAUAAGCGCUGCAGGUGGCUUCGUCGACUUUGGUCGAGUGAACGGCAACCUUGCCUUGUCACGUGCUAUUGGUGACUUCGAAUUCAAGAAGAGCGCCGACCUCUCUCCUGAGCAGCAGAUCGUGACCGCGUUUCCGGACGUGAUUGAGCAUGAGAUUUCUGAAGACGACGAAUUCCUUGUCAUAGCCUGCGAUGGUAUUUGGGAUUGUCAGUCUUCCCAGGCCGUGGUGGAGUUCGUACGGAGAGGAAUUGCUGCGAGGCAAGAACUACACCUCAUCUGCGAGAACAUGAUGGACAACUGUCUUGCAUCCAACAGUGAAACUGGAGGCGUCGGCUGUGACAACAUGACUAUGAUUGUCAUCGGCCUGCUCAACGGCAAAACGAAAGAAGAGUGGUACGACAUGAUCGCUAAACGUGUGGCAGAUGGCGACGGCCCGUCUGAAUUCCGUGGCCCGGGAGUUCGCCAUCAGUUUGAUCACGACAGUCCCGACGAGUAUGAACUUGAUCUCGAUCAUCGAUCAAGAGGUUUCGGUGGGCGGGGUGGCCGUAUCAUCCUACUUGGGGAUGGUACUGAGGUUUUGACCGACUCAGACGACGCGGAAAUGUUUGACCAGAGCGAAGAAGACAAAGACACAGCGAAUCAAGUCAAGAAGAGCACGCCUAACACCUCGGAUGUUGACUCGACCCGCAGUGAGCGAGAAGGCACACCUGCUCCCCAGCCAGCAAAUGAGGAGUCAAAGGGACACAAUGAAUCUGGGACUUCGCAGGGCUCGGAACCAGAGAUCAAAGCAGUCGCGGAUGACACCUCAGAGCAGAAAGCUGUCUAG